AUGGCUAGUACCUGGGAUCACGAAAGAGACAAGAAGUUGCUUUUAGCCAUUAUGGCCGUUCAUUCUCCGCUGGAUUAUGCCGCAAUUGCUAAAGCGAUGGGACAGGGCGACAGCACUGCCGCUGUGAAGAAGCACGUCUACACUCUGAAAGCCCAGCGAGCAAUCUCCGCACAAUCUCUUGCCAAGGCCAAGACCGACAAGCCCACUGACUGUGGCGACAAGGGUACCAAAACCACCACCAAGCGCAAGAUUGACUCGCCCACAAUGUCUGAAGAUAACUCCAUUGUCGAGAACCAGGACGAGGAUGGGUUUGAAUCCAGCUCCAGCCCCAACAAGCAGCGCAAGCUCUAA